ACGUUGUCAGUACGUGGAGGGGGAGUCGUGCAGCGUGCAUGUUGCUGUAUCACCUGUUGCUGCAGACAGUAAAGACACAACAGUCAGCAGGUGUGUCACCCGGUCAGCCUCACCUCCUGCAGUAUGAGCUUAAGGACGGUAAAGACGUGGCGAAGGCCGUCAACGACUUGUCACAGGCAGCGAGCGGAGGGUCGUUGUACAUCAUCGCUGAUGAAGUAGGGAGUGAGUUCAGUCGUGUCUACAGAAUCAAGAACUUUCAGACUUUGUGUGACAAGCUGCUGACACAAGUUCCUCGUCUCCAUCUGUGGGCGGCAAGUUGUUACCAUGGAUACACACCCGCCGGCUGGCAAGUGGAAUAUUUAACCAGACCCCUCCGCUCUCCUCCGUCCGUCGUCAGGGAAGUCGCGCGGGACGAGAAGAUCACUAAACACCGUUAUGUCAAACCGUACAGUGAGCGAGGUGUGCCCGACCACACAGACGGCCCGCCAGUCAUGCGACUGUAUCACCGAGGUCAGGGUCACUCAGGUGACUGGUCAGAUGACUGUGUCACGUGCGGUCGUGAGGUGGCCAGCUUCCUACACAGUCUCCGUGUUGGUGUUACAGAGAGCAGCACAACAACAUCUACAACAUUGACCUCUACCAGCGGCGGCACAACACCACGCUGUCUACAGUGGAGAGACGUGCUGGUGUUGGACUGGCGUGACGUUAGUGAUCAGUCGAGUAUGGUGACAGGACUGCAAGAAGCGGGUAUCCCAGUGCGGGUGAUGACGGAUGAUGACAUCGAGGACGUGGCCACGGCCCGCAGUGACGUGGUGUGGGUGACGAGUGGACAUCGUGUUCGUGGUCUGGAGAGAAAAGUCGUCGUCUGUCUGGAGGACCCUGGUUACGAUUUACUUAGAUCUCAGUUGUCACUAGUAUACAACUCUACCUCUCCCCGACUUGACCUCAUGUCCCGCUGUACGUCACAACUUGUGAUUGUCUCCCCUGACGACUGGCCGCUUGAAGGUCACUGACACUGACACUGACACACCUGUCACCUCCUGUUGUCGUGUGUCACUCUCUUACAUCAACAAUUGUCUUUUAGUGUUUGUCUUCUUCUACUCUCAGUCUAUCACGAAGUCAUCACCUUAUGAUGUCAUAGACAUGCCGUCAUUACAAUUUUUUACAUCGGUCCGUGUCUCUGUUUACACACCAACAAGUGUCAACAAGUUUGUCUGUUACAGAGGUGUGUGUUUUAAUGUGUCAUUAUAUUCGUGAGUGUGCCAGUCUACCAGCGUGAUAUCUGUGUCAAUGUGUCAGUAUACCAGUGUGAUAUCUGUGUCAUUGUGUCAGUCUACCAGUGUAAUAUCUGUGUCAAUGUGUCUAUAUGUUGUACACGUGCUGUCAAAGGGCCUCAGCAGACUGUCAUGUCAGUGCCGUGCACUAAAGUGUUUAGUCUGAUAUUGUUUACUGCCAGUGGUAAACAAAGGGGACAGAACUCUGAGACUAAAUACAGACACGAGUGGUCCAUCAAAACCCAGUUCAUUGAGUUAAGAGAUUCAUUGAUGUAAACACAACAAACACUAGCGGCUCACUUAUACAACACAUGUUACAAGUUUAACUGUUUGACACAAACACAUUCACACGAUGUACACAUGUUGUUUCACAUCCUUUAUAAAUGUCGCGCACACGUUUCACAAUGAGUGUUUCAGUAAAGAUUUUUGUUGUUAGUUUAAAACAGGUACAAACAGUUGUUAAGUGGUUAAAAUAAAUUUAACAGUCAUGUCAUCGACAGGCACCACGUGCGCACUGUUACAACAGUCAAACACCAGGCUGACAAUAUAAACAUACACCACACAGCAAAUAAACAAUAAAUACCAAUGACAGGAUACAAUACCUACACCACGAUCACAUGACACUGUUACAGUUUACAACAUCUUGUCACAACACACACUAUACCCUGACCGUGACAUGUCAUGACACGAAGUCUCACAAUCAGCCAUUUCUGACGUCAUGUCAGCCCUCAGUGACGUCAUGUGGAUGGAGGAUGAAGGAGGACAGCGACUGUCGUGUGUCAGGAAAGCGAUGAUGAGGGCGAAGAUAAAAUGCGUGUGUACCUCUGUGUGUCGAUGAUCUGUUGGACUAAAGAAAACCUUUUCGCGAUCUGUUUUGAUGGAGUCAACACAUGUGUAACUUGGGACUAGACAUGUCACUUGUGUGUUGGACUGCAGCUGUCCUGUGUCUUGGGGUCACGUGGCUAGAGCGGUAAACUACGCUCUGUGCUGGUUGUUCUUGUGUUGAUGUUUUUUAAUAAAAGGUCUCAAAAAAAAAAAAGAUGAACAAAAUCUCGAAAGCAGCACUAGCGAACGUACGCUGAGCAUAUCGCAGAAAACUACAGAAUCCCAAGGAAUAGAGUGGCGACAGUGAGAGAAGGCAGCCAAUAAAAUGUAAAAGUAAAGUAGACCUCAUCCAGCAAACAAAGUCACGUGUUUGUUGUCGACAGUUCACAUCACAAGAAGUGAGAUGACAGACCGAGUACAAAACCUAAAGAAAGAGGCGAUGCUACCGAUGUAGAUAACAUCGCUCACUCAGGAAGCAGGCAACAGAAGGUCAUCGCUAACGAGCUGUGUCUUUCAUCUACAAAGAAAAGCUGACAACAACGAUGUGAAAAGAACGGUAGUCAACCUUUAACUAACAGUAAAAUAACAAAGCGAUAACCAAACAAAUAACAAACAACUUACCCAGGGUGCCUUACAACGAUCAGAAGGAAGAGAGUUGUGGAGGUCAGUGAGACACACCUGUAGGCUACCUGGUGAUAAAACAUGGCGACCCUUCACACUCUUGUGUAUGACAUCUUUGGUAUGUAAGUAUUCCCGAGCAUGCACUCCACCCCGCAAUGUAUAUGUGACCACUGACUGUAUUAUGUAUAUACUAUCACAAUGUCUAUACACAAGAUAUAUGUGACCACUAGCUCUAUACUUUGUUGCUGAUUGUCUGACAUGACUUUUGUCACUCUUUAGACACAAUGGUCCAUACUGGCCCACAAUGGUGUACAAUAGUCCACACUGGUGCCCAAUGCUAAAACAACUACACCUGUCAGUGAAGGAAACAUAAAAUCAAGUUCAGUCCAAAGUCCAAAGAUGGAAGAAGAGGAGACAGAAGCCGUUAGUGGAGGAAGAUGUCUGUUGUAGGAAGUGACGCAGCACAAGAACUGGAGAAACAUCCUAAACAGAUGCAAACGGUGCAACAAACAUCACAGAUGAGUAGGAGUACCUCCAUUAAAACUCACAACCACGAAGUUUAUAAACGUCUCUUGCUGUCUCGCGUCUGUUUCCCUGACAUCAACACUUAUCUUCAGUGUUUCUUCUCUGUUAAUCUCAAUCUAUCACUUCAUCACCUCAUAAUGUCAUCCACAGCAUAACAUCCUGUCUCUGUUUACACAACAACUAGUGUCAACUACAAUAUCAAACCAUCUUUACACAACAACAGAGUUCGUGUUAUUGGCUGCAGUUGGUGACAUCACACUAACACUCAGUCUUAUCGACGGAAAUGAAAUGUAUCUUUGUACCUUAUUUUUAUUUUCAUUUGGAUGCAACAUCAGUUGUGUGUGUAAUGCCUUUACCUUGUUUGUGUCAAUGGCGGGUGUUCCAUCAAUCAUUUCAUGCUGACGUAAUUUUGUUAGCGAGUAAGUCAAGUGUUAUAUUAUGAGUGUUGUAUGACAUCUCCAACAUUUUUAUAGCAUUGCAUUUUUCAGUUCUUCAUGGUAAGAAAAUAAAAUAUUCCACUUUCACACGAAAGAAUA